GCGUUUAAAGAUACUGGCAAAGCACCUGUGGAACAAGAGGUAGCGAUUCAUCGCAUUAGAAUUACUCUGACAAGUCGCAAUGUAAAAUCACUUGAGAAGGUCUGUGCUGACUUGAUCAGAGGUGCUAAGGAAAAAAACCUAAAGGUGAAAGGACCCGUUCGUAUGCCCACCAAGACUCUGCGAAUCACUACCAGGAAGACACCUUGUGGUGAAGGUUCCAAGACGUGGGAUCGUUUCCAAAUGCGUAUCCAUAAGCGGCUCAUCGACUUACACAGCCCUUCGGAGAUCGUGAAGCAGAUCACUUCCAUCAGCAUUGAACCAGGUGUAGAAGUUGAAGUUACUAUUGCCGAUGCCUAAACGAUGGUCAUCGUCGAAUAAAAGCUGAUUUACA